AUGCUGGACGGCGACGCCUCGACUCAAAGCGGUCUCAAGCUCGUCCUUUACGAUUGCAAACGCACGCUCCGCCACGACUGCACAACAACCUCGCCCACCAGACCAGACGCGGCCCAGGCAUCCUCGGUGCAGUAUCGUGGUACAUGUAUGCCCAGGCCAACGCUGCGCAACUCCGAAUGGCGCCCCUUGACGGCGUUGACGAGCGAGAGCGAGCUGCAGACUUCGAUACGAAGAGGCGAUGUCACGGACCGUCUCGGCGGUGGCAGCCGGGGCAAGGGCCAGGUCAGCGACGUAAUUGAAACGCGCGAGCCGUGGAGGUGGGAGGUGCAGACGAGGCUGCCGUUGUCGUCAUCGUCGGUGUUGGUGUCGGCGGUAUUCAGGACGAACUACAGUGUAUCUGUGUCUACGGCACGAGCUUGGUGUGAGGCGUUGGGAUGGACAGAGGUGUCGUUGGCCGCGACGGAGUCUGUGGUCGAGACGUCCGGUGCGGCAUGCUUCUCGACAGCAAGCUUCCACGGCCCAAGCCUCUUGCUGGGAAACGACCUGGUCGAGUUAGGUUGCAAGCCAUCUGGAGUGAUCAUGGUUUGA